UAUGGCGCCACUGAUGGGGAGGCAUGCCGGGCCCACGUGCUGGUGUUUCGGAAUUAUCCUACCAGGUCUUUCUCAACGAUCAUCAUGUUCAGCUGCAAUAGCUUGAAGUUUAUGAAAGGGAGUGAAUCGACCGAAAUUGAGGUUCGAAAUGCAUCCUUGUAGGGCCUCCUUGCUCGCCACUCUUUCAUAUUCUUGGACCUCAAAGUUUGUCAAAAAUAAAUAUGGUGUCCAAGACUGUCACGUUGUGAUUCGUCGAUGGCUAUCCAAUUCAUCGAGAUUCGCAUCGACAGCCAAAACGGAAGGUAUUGAACCAGCUGUUACCUUGCCAGAGAGACUAGUAUCUUCAGCUCCCAUUCAACUUCAGCCUUUCCUGCAACUUAUGAGACUAGACAAACCCACUGGGACAUGGCUUCUAUUUCUUCCCUGUGCCUGGAGUGCUGGUCUUGCUGCAGAUCCAGGCUGUUUUCCUGAUUUCAGACUCCUCUCCCUGUUUGCUGCUGGAUCCAUAGUCAUGCGUGGUGCUGGCUGUACUGUCAAUGACCUGUGGGACAAGGAAUUUGACAAAAGGGUUCAUCGAACCCAAGAACGACCCCUGGCAAAUGGAGCAAUGCUUCCAGUCCAAGCCCUGGCAUUUCUUGGAUGCCAGCUGAGUGUUGGUUUGAUUAUCUUGCUCCAGAUGAACUUGUUCAGCAUCAUCCUGGCUACUAGCUCUCUUGGUCUGGUUGUUGCAUAUCCCUUAUUCAAGAGAUUCACAUAUUGGCCUCAGCUAAUGUUGGGGAUUACAUACAACUGGGGAACACUGGUGGGAUGGUCUGCUGUUGCAGGAUCAUGCAACCUGUCUGUUUGCCUCCCCCUUUACCUUAGUGGCAUCUUCUGGACUCUCUACUAUGACACCAUCUAUGCCCAUCAAGACAAGGCUGAUGAUGUCAUCGUGGGCAUCAAGAGUUCAGCCCUCAAACUAGGGGAUCAAACUAAGUUCUGGCUUAUUGGGUUUUCAUCAUUGUUCAUCCUCAAUCAAUUAUUGGCAGGAAUCAACUGUGGUCAGACAUGGCCAUUUUAUGCCAGCAUUGCCACAGCUGCAGGAAUGCAUGCACAGCAGAUUCAAAAGGUGGAUCUGAAUGAUGCCAACAGCUGCAUGAACACUUUCAGGGCACAACGAAACAUAGGACUGAUCAUACUCCUUGGAGUGAUUCUUGGGACACUUACGAGAAAGUUUGAGUCUAUUUGCCCAUCACACCAGAAACACCCCUGUGUGAUGGCUAAUCAGGAUGAGCUCAAGGAAAGAUUGCAAAAUCUGGGUGUUGGGGACUGUGCAAUAGAAACAGAGCAACAAGCAAGGUCAAUGAGGAAACGAGAGGACUACUUAGAAUGGCAAGAGUACUUCAUGGCUAUUGCAUUCUUAUCUGCCAUGCGGAGCAAAGAUCCUGUGACACAAGUAGGAGCAUGUAUUGUGAACUCAGAGAAAAAGAUAGUUGGCAUCGGGUACAAUGGAAUGCCCAUCGGAUGCUCAGACGAUGAGCUCCCCUGGGAUAAGACCAAUCCCGAUCAACUACUCAACAAAUACAUGUAUGUGUGCCAUGCUGAGAUGAAUGCAAUCAUGAACAAGAACUCUGCUGAUGUCAAGGGGUGCACCAUAUAUGUGGCCUUGUUCCCUUGCAAUGAAUGUGCUAAAAUUAUCAUUCAGGCUGGAAUCACACAUAUUAUCUACAUGUCUGACAAGCACAACAACAAGCCUGAAACGAUUGCAUCCAAGCGCAUGUUUGAUCUUGCUGGCAUCACCUACGUGCAAUUCCAGCCCAAGAGAAAGAAGUUCCUGAUUGACUUUGAUGCCAUCGACUCCAAUAGGCCAAACUCAGUGCUCUAACCAACUCAUCUUCCAAAUGCCAAAUUCUGUGUUCUAACCUGCUAGUCUUCAUUUAACAGAAUUCUGUGCUUCCAGGAAUCCUCUAACCCCAUGUUUUGAAUCUUACCAUGACAUGUGCUUACAGUUCUUGAUUAGUCUUGUGCAAGUGUUUUUGACUUCCAUGAAAAUCCACACUACCAUUCAUGUUACACUUGAGUCAAAGCUGAUGCAAUUUUUUUAUAAUCAUAGACUGGAUAUUUGGUGGUAUAGCCAC